UUUGUGGCGCAUUAGAGCGCGAAAGGCGCGGCGAUUCGGCGCUCCCGCGUGCGAUAUCGGAUUGUGACGCCCACAGUGAGCCCGGCCGAGGCAGGUGACCUUGAUGACCUUCAACCACCCUGCCAUGAUGCAGUCCUGCUUUGUCGGAUACCCUUUCCAAGGUCAGGGCCGGGUCAACCAGCUGGGCGGCGUGUUCAUCAACGGCCGGCCGCUGCCCAACCACAUCCGAAUGAAGAUUGUGGAGAUGGCGGCGGCCGGCGUUCGACCGUGCGUCAUCUCCCGGCAGUUGCGCGUCUCACACGGCUGUGUCUCCAAAAUACUCAACCGAUAUCAGGAGACGGGCAGCAUCCGUCCCGGUGUGAUCGGCGGCUCCAAGCCGCGAGUCACCACUCCGGAGGUGGAGAACAAGAUCGCCGACUACAAGAAGGAGAACCCGGGCGUCUUCAGCUGGGAGAUCCGCGACAGGCUGGUGAAGGAAGGACUCUGCGACAAGACGACGGCACCCUCUGUAAGCGCCAUCUCCCGCCUGCUGCGAGGCAGAGAUGACGACGAACCGGUCAAGAAGAAGGAAGAUGAGGAGCAAGUGAAGUCGGACGCCGGCUCCGAGGACGAUGACGAGACCGAGCCGGGCCUGGCUCUGAAGCGUAAGCAGCGUCGCUCGCGCACCACCUUCACCGCUUACCAGCUGGACGAGCUGGAGAAGGCCUUCGAGCGCACCCAGUACCCGGACAUCUACACCCGCGAGGAGCUGGCGCAGCGCACCAAACUCACCGAGGCGCGCAUCCAGGUUUGGUUCAGUAACCGUCGUGCACGUCUGCGGAAGAUGAUGACCAGCCCCGGCUCCGUGUCCAACUACCCAGGAGUCGGUCUGCCCAUGUCGUACUCCUCCGGCUCGGGCGUGUGGGGUCUGCCAGAGCACCCGUUCAGCUCUGCGGCCGCUCAGGACUCUGGCUCUCUGUACCCGGGAAUGACAUCGGCCGGCCCGCGGAUGUCGUCCUCUGCAGCAGCAGCGGCGCAGGCUAUGACGAGCCCCACGGGCUACUCCCAGGGCCUGGGUUCGUACUCGGCCCAUCCGUUCAGCCCGUCCGGCCAGCCGCUGGCCAGUCCGGCGCUGCCGGCAGCCAGCGCCGGAUCUGCCGCCGCUGCGCCGUACUCGCCGCCGACAGCCAGCGGCGCCACCUGGCCGGGCGCUCAGUGUCAGCCGGCCAGCGUCAACAGCGCCGCGAACGCCGCCUUCAGCGCUGCCGCUGCUGGAGGCCUGGUGGCGCCGCGCGCCGCGCAAACGUUCGCCGGCGUGUAUGGAUGGUACUGAGGAGACCGACUAGCGCUAGGGAGCAUGACUGACAUCAGGAAAAUGUGCUACUGAAGAGCACGAGUGCUACUGAAGAGGACGGCUGCUUCCGAAGAGCACGGUUCCUUCUGAAGAACACGAAUGCUUCUGGAAAGCAUAUGUGCCUCUGAAGAGCACGAACGCUUGACGAGCAUGGCUGCUUCUGAAGGGCACUGGUGGGUCAGAAGAGCGCGGGGCUUCUGAAAAGCACUGGUGCUUCUGAAGAGCAAGGUGCUGUUGAAAAGCAUGGAUGCUACUGCAGAACACGCGGGUAAUUGUGAAGAGCAAAAGUGCUAAUGACGAGCGCGUGUGCUUCUGAAGAGCACGGGUUCUCAGGUGGCCAGAAGGUACCCAGACAGUUGUAGCGAUUCUGGCGAUUGUUGCACUGAUCUGGCUGUACUCCGGCUGGUGGCGUCAGUCACGUUCAAGGUCUUGCAGCCUAAGUUGCUGACAGCUGGAUAAGAACCAAUGAAAAGUGGCUCGCAUGUUGCGUUUAGCAAAAUAUGAAUAUGGAAGGGGCCAUGACGCUGCUCCGUUUGGCGUACCAUUGGAGUUGUGCAAGCCGUCGCAUCUCGGAUAGGACAGCAUCAAUAUCUGUCUACGAAGAUAUUUAUUCAAUGUCUUACCUCCACCCAUGACAUCUUACAGAAAGGCGCUGCGAACCCUCAAUACUCAUCGCAUCGACGACUUCUUGCUUCAGGCAGCCUUUGACCUGCCUCAUCAUGAUCUUAUGGACUAGUUGCAAUCAUGUGGAGUCGGGAGCCACGGGAAGGUGGAAUUACUCUAGGGAUCAUUCGUCCCUUGCCAACACUCAGGAAUAGAGUCUUAGAACAAAGACGGGGAAGAUGGUGGUUUGUGAUGCACUGUUGAAUGCGUGAGUGCAAGAUGACAUAUGAACCCUUUAUUACGAACUUCGAUGACUUCUUAUCAGUCAGGAACCUGCCUUAGUAUCUUGCAUCAUACAGUUGUUUUUCUGUCCUCUCUUAGCCAUGUCUAUUGCUGACGCACACAGGCACACUGCCAACUUCUCUCAGCUUUGCUGAACUCAACUCUCUUUCAGAUAUGGUAGAAAUUUCACGAUCGGCGGCCGAGGAGCUGGAAGUUCUUGGACGCCUAGCCUAAUCGUUAGGUAUAACAGCUUUGAAAUUGUAUGAACCAUGACUGAGUUGCAAUGCUUCAUCACAGUCAGCAGCAGAAAAAGACAUGCAUAGCGACUUUAUCUCGUUCCUCAUGUUGUCGGGUUUGUGAGUGCAAAUAUGUUUGUGUAUUGUGUGACUUUACCAAAGAUGUGGCCGGUAGUUGGGUGCAUCAGAUGAUCGGAUUGCCGUUCCCAGAUGGCUUUGUCAGUGCAGUGUCCUCAUGCUAACUUUGUUGAAGGGAGGAUAACAUUAGCUGGGAGGGCUAUAAUCCCUUAGAAAUGCUCUGAUAGACCCAAACUGCGUGAUAGUCGACGCGUCUGUUUCAUGUCUCCCUUAGGGCAAUUUAGAAAUGUCUUGAGAGUGUCGGCCUCUUUCACUCAUUUUACCAGGCGUGGAUAGGAAGAAUGAAUGUUUUUGAUGUGCACUUAUUUUGAUAAAAAUAAAAGGAGCUUGUGCUU